CGAACGCGCACGGGCGCGUUGCGGAUCAUGUGGCGCCUGCCAAGCUGAUGAAAGCUGGGGCAAGGCGAGCCGCAUACGUGAUGGUUGACGUGGAAUUUCCUGGGGACCGCAUCACCAUCCACGCAAUACGCCACGCAAGGCUCACUCUGCGACUGACACCGACCGCCGAUCCACUUGGACCUUGACAGAGUCUGCAUCUUACCACCACCACCUCCUCUGACCCUCUCAGUAUCUGGACAGCUCGGCGUGCAAGCACUCGGAAGAUUGACGGCGGCUUUCCAGCCCACGAACGCAUCGUCAAGAUGUCGAUCAACUGGGUGAUGUUAGCAUCCUCUUCAAACCCGACUUCGCCGGCCCCCACCCUCCCAUACAUUCCUCUGCCAAACGAACAGACGCUCUACACCUCCAGCCCACGCGUCGCCCUAAACAUCAACAUCCCCGCGCACUUCCCCGGCAAGCAGCAGCAGCCUUUCUCAAGAUCUUCUUCCGGCGGCCAACUAUACCUGACCACCCGCCGAAUCAUCUUCCUCCCCGAUAAAAGCACGCCACAACUACAAAGCUUUGCCGCGCCGAUCCUGAGCCUUCACGACUCGCAUGUCACAGCGCCAUGGUUCGGGCCGAACGUAUGGGCAGCUGCCCUACAGCCCACUGAAGGCGGCGGCAUUCCCAUUCCGCCUGGCGGGGUUGCAGAGCUGAAGUUCACAUUCAAGGAGGGUGGCGCAUUUGACUUCCAGACACGAUAUGAACGGAUAAGAGAGAGACUACAGCAGGCUGUAGAAGCGGCCAGAAGUAACGGUGAUGCACCCAACGGCGGAAUCGGCGCAGCCAGCGGAAUGGAAGAGGCGGGCGUGCAUUUGGAGGAUCUCCCGGCAUACCAAGAGGAGAGCGACGGCCCUUUGAUGCCGCCUAUUGCCUCCGUGCGGCCCGUCGCGCAGGCAAACGGUGGCGAUAGCUCGAGUUCUCGCACGGCACAGACUAUACCGUCGGAGCCGCCGCCGAACUAUGAAGAGGCUCAGACGGCUGGGCCGCAUGGCGAUGAUGCGGGACGGGCGAACGCAGCCGCAUGAACAGUCUGCGACCUUCACUGAUUCGCUGCGGCGACGCGAUGCAGGCCAUGUCUAUUACACGAGUGCUACGAUCAGGCAGUUAGAUGAACCCU